AUGCUCAAGCCCCAGACCUUCUGCCUCUGGUGCCUACUCCUCCUGCAGCUUCAGCUUGGUCAGUGUGUGGAGAUUAUUGGGGGACAGGAAGUGGCCCCCCACUCCCUCCCAUACAUGGCUCUGCUGGAGAACUCCAAGGGAAAUGCGUUUUGUGGAGGGGCGCUGAUAUUCCCCCAGUGGGUGCUGACAGCAGCACACUGCGAAGAUGCUCACAAGGUCCUGCUGGGAGUGCACUCGCGCUCUUCACAGGAGAAAGAGAAGGAGUGCCGACAGAUCCGGAAAGUGAAGCACAGUGUUCCACAUCCCUGCUAUGACCCCGACAGCAAGGUCAACGACCUCAUGCUGUUAAAGCUUGAUAAGAAAAUAAAGGUAACGAGAGCUGUCAAGCCCCUACCGCUGCCCCCCAAUGCUAAAGACGUUCCCGCCGGGGUGUUCUGCAGCGUAGCGGGGUGGGGAACCACCAAAAACAAUGGAAAAAUGUCGGAUGUGUUACGAUCUGCUAAUGUCACAGUCAUCGACAGGCUGCUGUGUAACUCGAAAAUGUACUAUAACAUGACCCCUGUCAUCACCCAAGACAUGCUGUGUGUGGGGUCUGUGGACAAGGCACGCUCGGACUCCUGCAGCGGGGACUCUGGGGGUCCCCUGCUCUGCCAGGGGAUUUUCAGGGGUGUCACCUCAUUUGGGAAAGGCUGUGGCAUCAAGACGAAACCAGGAGUCUACACAGCACUCUCCAAGAAACACAUCGAAUGGAUCCAAAAAACAAUCCGCUCUGCACUCUGACUGUCUGGGCUCCUCGUCCUCAUGUGGUCCAUUUUGAAACCAAAAAUCUGAACAGGGAAA